UUUUUGACGGGCCCAAAUUAUAUACUUGCUGAAAUACCGAUAUUGAGACAAAGAAAAGCAAAUAUAAGUUUAUCGGCUACAGAAAAUGGAAUUUACAAAUUUAAAGUUGCAAGUCGUCAAGGACAUUUAAAGAAUUUUGCACAAAUUAAAGUUGAAGUUUUGCCAAUGAGGAAUUAUUCACAUUUGGAAAUGGAGCCGAAAGAAGGGAAAAGAGAAGAAAUAUUGAUAACAAACACAACAAUAGAAACAACAAAGGAAGUUUUAGAGGGUAAAAAGGAGGAGAAUGAGGGAGUAAUUGAAGGGAAAGAAAAUUUAAACAGAAUGCCAAAAAAUAAAAAUUUGAAGGAAAAUGGAAGGGAUAUUGAAAUAAUUGGGGGAAUUGAUGAGGAGGAGGUGAAAAAUUCUUCGACUUUGGUAGAAAGAAGGGAAGAAGGAGUAAAAAAUAAUUUUGAAGAGGAAAAGGAUGAAAAGAAGAAUGUUACAAUUAAAGAAGAUAAUAUAAUUAAAGAGGAAUUAAUUGAAGAAAUUAAUUUAAAUGAAGAAACUAAUAAAUUAAAAAAUAAUUUAACAGAAGAAAUAUUAAUUAAUAAUUUAAUAAUUAAAAAUAAUUCUUUAUUUAAUGAAGAAAAUAGGACAAAAGAAGAAAUUAAUUUAAUUAAAUUAAUCCCUCAAAAUUUAAAUAUUUUAAUUAAUAAAAAAUUAAUAAAUAAAGGAAAUGUUAAUAUUUUAUAUUCAAAAUUACCAAAUUUAAUUAAUGAGCCAAUAGAAAAUUUUGUUUUGGAAUAUAAAUUAAAUGAAGAAGAAGAAAAUAAUAAUGUUUUUAAUUUAACAAACAAAUUACUUCAUAUAUGGAUAACAACAACACCAACAACAGAUUCUCUUCCAAAAAUAUUAGAUAUUAGCCCCCAUUAUUUAGCUCCAGGAGAUAUAGCAGAAUUAUGGCUAUUAAAUCCAACAAAAAUUUUAAAAGAAUAUUUUCAUUUAUUUCCUCUAAAUUUUAAAAUUUUUGGUCAAAAAGUUGACGAAAAAGGAAAAGAAUUUAAAGAGAAUAAACCUUUUCUAAUUUUUGAUGGAAAUUUAGAAUUAAAUGGAGAACCUGAAAAAGCACCAAAAUUCGAAAAAAAUAGUUAUAAUUUUAAUUUAAAUGAAAAUGAAUUGGAUGGAUAUAAAAUUGGGAAAGUAAAAAUUUUUGGGGAAGAGGAGUCUUCAACGAAUACAACAACACAAAAUCCAUUAAUUUAUUCAUUAUUUGGUCAAGGUUCCAAUUACUUCAAUAUAGACAAUAAUGGCCUUUUAACUCUAAAAUGUCCAUCAUCAACAUUAAUUAACAAUUCAACAACAACAAUUUCUUGUUUAGAUUUAGAAUCUUCUUUAAUUCCAACAACUUUUUAUUUAGUUUUUACAGCAAAAUAUUUAAAUUCUUUUGGCCCUUCCUCCUCCCCAAUUUCUUUAAUAAUUAAUGUAAAAGAUAUUAACGAUAAUAAACCAAUUAUUAAAUUAAUUGAUGAUGAAAAUAAUAAAGAAAUUUUAAUUAAAAAUGGACAAAUAAUGGAAGGAGGUCCUAAAACUUUGGCUAUUUUAGAUAAUGAUAGGUAA